UUGUUUUUCACUUCGUUGAUGGCUGCUGGGUGAGCGGGAGCUGCUGGGGCCUCGCUUUCAACAUGGAAAUGUAAAACAUUGUUUCAGAGAGGUCCUCAUCCUCUUUUAGAUAAUAAUGGUCUAAUAGAUCAUUAUUAUCUAUUAGGCCAUUAUUAUCUAUUAGAUAAUCCUUUCUAACUGAUAAUCAUGAAGCCAUUAAUUCUUGUGCUCCUUUUGGGAAUAAACGAAGUCACCGCAGUGACCCACUCUCUGAAGUAUUUCUACACUGCGUCUUCUGGAGUCCAAAACUUCCCACAGUAUGUCUCUGUCGGGACGGUUGAUGAUCUUCAGAUAAGCCACUGUGACAGCAUCUCCAAGAAAAAUGUACCCAGACAAGACUGGAUGAUGAAAGUCACAGAAGAAGACCCACAGUACUGGGAAGAUCAAACCCAGAACUGUGUGAAGCACCAGGAUGCCUUCAGAGCCAACGUUGAAAUUGCAAAGCAGCGAUUCAACCAAACUGGAGGUGUCCAUGUUUUCCAGAGGAUGUAUGGCUGUGAAUGGGAUGAUGAGACUAAUGAGGUGAGAGGUUAUGAGCUGCUUGGUUACGAUGGAGAAGACUUCCUGUCAUUUGACCUGGAGACAGAGCAGUGGGUCGCUCCAAAACCAGAGGCUUUCAUCAGCAAAAUGAAAUGGGAUAGUUAUAAAUUUGGCCUGAACUACUUAAAGAAGUACCUGACCCAAGUAUGUCCAGAGUGGCUGAAGAAGUAUGUGAACUACGGGAAGAGCUCUGUGAUGAGAAAAGCUCUCCCCUCAGUGUCUCUCCUCCAGAAGACUCCCUCCUCUCCAGUCAGCUGCCACGCUACAGGUUUCUACCCUGACAGAGCCAUGAUGUUCUGGAGGAAAGAUGGAGAGGAGAUUCAUGAAGGAGUGGAACGUGGAGAGAUCCUCCCCAACCAUGAUGGAUCCUUCCAGAUGAAAGUUGACCUGAAAAUUUCAUCAGUCUCACCUGAAGACUGGAGGAGGUACGACUGUGUGUUUCAUCUCUCUGGUGUGGAGGAUGACAUCAUCACCAAACUGGACGUAAAGGACACCAGAAGCAACAGAGGGAAGCUCACUGACACGACCACUAUGAUCAUCAUCAUCAGCCUCACUGCAGUUGUUGUAGUUGUCGUCCUUAUUGCUGCCAUUGGAGUCAAACUUCACACAAACAAAAAAGAUAAGAGUUCUGAGUUCGAUUCAUCUCUCAAGCCUCAUGUAGGACGUGUGUUGAGGACAGUGUCUGAGAGUUCUAGUGGUUCCUCUGUGGGUAGCGUAGGCAGCAACGCACCACUGAUCCCAGACUCUUUUAGAAGUUCUGAUCCUUAAUCCACUGAAAGUGCACAGUGACACGCCACUGAUCAAAGACACAAGUGAUGAUGAGAAGAGGAGGGGGAACUCCACUCUAUAAGGAAUCUGCAGCAUUCAGCUUUGAGUGGUAUCUUCCCUCUCAGUCACACACUGAUGAGAUAAAUAACAAUUAUAAAUAAUAAUAAUAGGCAAAUAAAAUCAGCAAGUAAAGACUUAACAAACAGAUUAUGAUAAUAACACACACAUAUAUACAUACAUAUAACCAUGUUGUUGGUAUCCUCUACCCUCCUCUGGACAGACUGUUCCAGCUGCUUAACAACUAUAAGAAGCUUCACCUAAUGUUUUUCAUGUGAUUUUAAUGAAUAUUUUCUCAAGCUUCAAACCAUCCUGAUCAUAGACAGGAGACAUUUCAGACUAGUAGUUUGGAAACAGAGAGGUUACCAACGUAUCAACAUUACUCUUCCUCUGGGUUUAGUCAGUCUCCUGAGGCAGAGCUCUGAAUGUGUUGAAGCAUUAAGUUUAUAACUGCAUGAGUCUUUAGGUAAAUCAGCUUCCUGAUAUAGAUGCCGCAUUUGUAACAUGACCAAAAAGUAGACUGAUGUCACACCUCAUAACAAAGAGUUCCUUUAUAAUAUAAUAGAAAAAUCUAAGAAGUAAAAAUGGAUAGCUGUGCUGUAAUUAAUUGUGCUACAGGUAAACUCUAGAUAGAGAGUUGUUUAAAACUCAAAAUAGAGGCUUCAUAUCUUUACUGAACAUUAAAUGUCUUCUCUGUCUCUGUUACAUGAAGUUGUAGAAAUGAAAAAUGUCUAUUGUUGUGCAGAUUGUUUCUAUUCCAUCAUUUAUGUUGAGGGUCAUACAUUAUGCAUUUUUAAGUCAGUCUCUUAUGGGGUUUAAUGUUUAAAUGAUUCACCCAUUCAUGUUCAGUAUUAAGAUACACUGACUACUAUUCACUCAAUCAUGAAAAUCACAUUAAUUCAGUAGAUCUGUUGAUCAGCUUUGAUCGUGUGUGUUAGUAUUGUUGAGAGUUCUGAUUUUCUUUCGUAAUCUUAAAAAGCUUGAAUUUUAUUUUGCUUUCUGGAUGAAUCUAUUUGACACGACACAGUUCAUAUGAGAAUUAUUUUUUUAAAAAAAGUGACAGUUGACAGUUAACUUGAAUAUUAAGAAGACAUUGGAUUCGUCUGUUUUUGGUGUUAAUCGUCUAAAUAACCUGAAGGCAGCACGUAAUGAGUCAGCAGCCAACAGAUGGUUUGUACGUGACACUGAACAUGAAGAUUAGUCUCAUUAGUUUGAAUCAUAGGCUUUAACAGAGUCUAAAUUGUAAAAUUAAAUUUAAAAAAAAGGCGAAGAUCUGUGCGAUUGACUGAACCAACAGAUUUGAAAAGUUGUCUGAGGCUGUGAAAGUCUCUAGACACAACUAGAGUCAAGACACAGAAACCUGGUGUUGUGGUUCACAUUUAGUGUCAGGUGAUAUUAAUUUAUGCUGUGUUUUCAUACCUUAAGUUACUUCUUCAGUCACGUUGUGGAGGGCUGUCAGAUAAGUUUGUGGAUGUUUUCUUUUUGUUUGGUGGUAGUUACAGUCGACAGUAACUUUCAGUUCUUACAAUAAAUAACAAUUAAACAAUAAACUGAAUAUUUGUCAUCA